UCUCUCUCUUCUUAGCUACUGAUCACCACCUUCUUCUUAAAUCUCUCAUCUUCUGCAUUACACUACCAAAAAAUAAACAUUUCUCUCUUUCAAGAUUCAUAUCAAUGGCUUGCUUAGAGGUGUGUAAGCAGGAGAAGUUCAAAGAAGAAGAAGAAGUUCGAACUCUCGACGGAACUAUUGAUUGGCAUGGUCGCCCUGCAAUCAGAGGAAAAUCUGGAGGAUGGUUCGCUGGAAAUAUCAUCCUUUUGAAUCAAGGUUUGGCAACCCUGGCAUUCUUUGGAGUUGGGGUGAACUUGGUGCUGUUUCUCACAAGAGUUUUGCAGCAAAACAAUGCUGAGGCUGCUAACAAUGUAAGCAAAUGGACUGGAACUGUCUACAUCUUCUCUCUUGUGGGUGCCUUCCUAAGUGACUCCUACUGGGGAAGAUUCAAAACUUGUGCCAUCUUUCAAGUCAUAUUUGUCAUAGGGCUGGUUUCACUUUCACUGUCAUCAUACAUUUUCUUGAUCAGACCGAAAGGUUGUGGCGAUGAGCAGACUCCAUGCGGGUUGCAUUCGAACUUGGAGAUGGGGUUAUUUUAUCUCUCAAUCUACCUUGUUGCUCUAGGAAAUGGUGGAUAUCAGCCUAACAUAGCCACAUUUGGGGCUGAUCAGUUUGAUGAAGAGGACCCCAAGGAAGGGCAGUCAAAGGUGGCCUUCUUUAGCUACUUUUACUUGGCUUUGAACCUUGGUUCCCUCUUCUCCAACACCAUAUUGGGGUACUUUGAAGAUGAAGGCAUGUGGGCACUUGGAUUCUGGGUUUCAGCUGGCUCCGCUCUUGCCGCAUUGCUCUUGUUUCUUGGAGGAACAAAGAGGUAUAGGCACUUCAAGCCAAGCGGCAACCCUCUCGCCAGGUUUUGCCAAGUCAUUAUUUCUGCAACUAAGAAAUGGAGGGUUGAGAUGCCUCCAAGAGCAGAGGAUUUAUACAAUAUCGACGGAACGGAUUGUUCUAUGGCUGGUAACAGGAAGAUCCUUCACACGCAUGGGUUCAAGUUUCUUGAUAGAGCAGCUUUUAUCUCAUCUAGAGAUUUGGAUGAGCAGAAGCCGGGUCAGUACAACCCCUGGCAUCUCUGCCCCGUCACACAAGUAGAAGAAGUUAAAUGCAUACUGAGACUGAUGCCAAUUUGGCUCUGCACCAUUCUCUACUCAGUAGUCUUUACACAAAUGGCUUCUCUUUUUGUGGAGCAAGGUGCAGCCAUGAAAACUACAGUGUCAAACUUCAGAAUCCCACCUGCAAGCAUGUCAAGCUUUGACAUUCUCAGUGUGGCAGCUUUCAUAUUCCUUUACCGCCGAGUUCUGGAUCCACUUGUGGGCAAGCUAAGAAAGAAGAACUCUAAAGGGCUAACCGAGCUUCAGAGAAUGGGAAUCGGCCUUGUUAUAGCGAUCAUGGCAAUGCUUGCAGCUGGGAUUGUCGAGUGCUACAGACUGAAGUAUGCCAACAAGGACUGCACACAUUGCGAAGGUGCAAGCUCCUUGAGCAUCUUUUGGCAAGUUCCACAGUACGCAUUCAUCGGGGCAUCUGAAGUUUUCAUGUAUGUAGGUCAGCUGGAAUUCUUCAAUGCACAGGCCCCAGAUGGGUUAAAGAGUUUCGGAAGUGCACUCUGUAUGACAUCAAUCUCUCUGGGGAACUAUGUAAGUAGCUUGCUAUUGACAAUGGUUGUGAAGAUCUCAACCGUCGACCACAUGCCCGGAUGGAUACCUGGAAACCUCAACAGGGGUCAUCUAGACAGAUUCUACUUCCUCUUAGCCGGCUUAACGACAAUAGAUUUGGUUGUGUAUAUCGCCUCUGCCAAGUGGUACAAGUGCAUUAAGCUGGAAGGAAAAUGUGGAGAAAGCAAUGAGAAAGACAACUAUGAAGUCUGAUGUUAUAUAAUAAACAUCAGGCUGAAAUGUUAAAGCCCUAUUGUACCAACUUAUAUAAUAAGAAGGGGGAUGGGGGGGAAGCACAAACACUUUAAAUUGGGAUCUUUAAGAGCAAGAGAAACCUAUUUUUUUCUCAAAGCUCCUCACUCAGUAUGCAGUAAACCUGACUCCAAAGUGGUUCUUGGAGCCGGGUUGGGUAAAGGGCUGUGAAGAGGAGAGUGACAUUUAGUAAAAGGUCAU